GCCAUGACCCGCCAAGACUCAGCGGCCCCAGCGGGAAGCUUGAGCGUCCAGGGCCCCUCAAACCCCGGUUACAACACCAACCCUGUGCCGGUACCUGUGAUCACACAGACGGACACACGAGACAAAUGGAGCAAAAAGAUGGAUUUUCUUUUAUCAGUCAUUGGCUUCGCGGUAGACUUGGGAAAUGUGUGGAGAUUUCCAUACAUUUGUUACCAAAACGGAGGCGGGGCUUUCCUAAUCCCCUACAUUGUCAUGGCGAUUUUUGGAGGGGUGCCACUCUUUUACAUGGAACUGGCACUGGGACAGUUCCACAGAACUGGUGCCAUAUCCAUAUGGAAACACAUAUGCCCCAUCUUCAAAGGCAUUGGGUAUGCGAUCUGUGUCAUCUCGCUCUACGUCUCAUUCUACUACAACACCAUCAUCGCCUGGGCACUCUUCUACUUCUACUCGUCCUUCGCCAGUGUCCUGCCCUGGACCAACUGUGACAAUGCCUGGAACACUGAAAACUGCACCAACUACUUCCUGAAAGACAACGUGACCUGGAAUAACUACUCCAGGUCACCUGCUGAGGAAUUUUACACGAGGAAUGUUCUGGAAAUCCACAAGUCCGAUGGGCUGAGUAACGUGGGGGGUGUCCGCUGGCAGCUGAUGCUCUGCCUCUUCCUCAUCUUCACUAUCGUUUACUUCAGUCUCUGGAAGGGAGUGAAGACAUCAGGGAAGGUAGUGUGGGUGACAGCCACCUUGCCCUAUGUGGUGCUCUUCAUCCUGUUGAUCCGUGGUGCCACCCUACCAGGUGCAUGGAAGGGAGUGGUCUUCUACCUCCAGCCCAAGUGGGAGAAACUCUUCGAGACCAGUGUGUGGGUAGAUGCUGCGGCUCAGAUCUUCUUCUCCCUGGGGCCAGGCUUUGGGGUACUCCUUGCCCUCUCCAGCUACAACCCCUUCACCAACAACUGUUAUCGUGACGCCAUAGUGACCAGCCUGGUGAACUGCCUGACCAGCUUCAUGUCUGGGUUUGUGAUCUUCACUAUGCUGGGGUACAUGGCAGAGAAGAGAAAUGUGAAUGUGGAGGAUGUGGCCAGAGACAAAGGUCCAAGCCUACUCUUCAUCACAUAUCCAGAGGCCAUAGCCAACAUGACAGGAUCAACGUUCUUCGCCAUUAUCUUCUUCGUGAUGAUGAUCACUCUUGGGCUUGACAGCACGUUCGGAGGACUGGAGGCUAUCAUUACUGCUGUGAUGGAUGAAUACCCUGAAUACCUGGCACACAGACGGGAGCUGUUUGUACUGGGCUUGGUCGUUGUGUGCUUUUUGGGCUCCCUCAGCACUCUUACCAAUGGUGGGGCCUAUGUGGUGAAACUGCUGGAGGAAUUUGGGGUGGGUUCCUCCAUCAUUGCUGUUGGUUUUCUUGAGGCCAUCGCUGUUUCCUGGUUCUAUGGUAUCACAAGAUUCAGCAAUGACAUUAAAUCCAUGUUGGGCUAUUAUCCUGGAUUAUUCUGGAAGGUGUGCUGGGUGGCUAUUAGUCCUGCAUUUCUAGCGUAUAUAAUAGUGAGCUCCCUGCUCAAGCCUGCGCCCCUCCAACUCUUUGACUACAAGUACCCAGACUGGAGCAUUACGGUGGGCUACAUCAUCGGUGCCUCGUCCUUCAUGUGGAUCCCCAUAUAUAUGGUCUACAAGCUGGUGUGGACCCCCGGAUCACUGAAACAGCGCCUAGCUGUGUGUCUGAGACCUGAGAGGACCAUUAUGCCAGAGAUCCACACAGACUCCCUCAACAUGAGUACUGUUCCAUAGAAGCACCCACGUUGCCAAGAACCCAGCCAGGCACAUUAUGUUGCUACCAACAGACUCCUGAACGAGAGCCAAAUCAGCAGACACAGAUCAAUCUCAUGGAGCAUUCAACAAAUCUUUUUUUCUGUAGCUCAAUGAGUACAAUAAACACAAAUAGUCUGUUAGUACAUCUGUAGAUGCUCUACAGAAUAUCUACAGACUAUCGGUAACAUUUCAACUAACUAUCUACUAAUCCUAACCCUAACCUUAACCCUAAUCCUAACCCUAACCUUAACCCUUAUCCUAACCCUAGCUCUAACUCUAACCUUCACCCUUACCCUAACCCUUAUUCUAAACCUAACCCUAACUGUAACCUUAGCAAGCAGUUGCUUAUCAACAGAUAGUUUGUUGAUAGUAUGACUAUCCAAGUAAAGUGUAACAGGGGACUUUAAUGUAAAGAUAAAAUGAAAUAUGAAUGAAUAUUCAGUCUGAAAGCAUCCUUAAAAUACAUUUUAUUUUGGACAGAAAAUGUAUGGCUGAUCCCAAGACAGGUUUCUACGGCUUGAGACAACCACACAAUCACAAAGAGCAUCUUACUAAGACUGUCAUAAUAAGAUAAGGUUGUAAGACUGAAGGACACAAUGCAGUCACUUCUCAUCAAUGACUUAUUUUUGCUAGGUUAUUAUUAAGAGUUCAAAAACAUGACCCAGUCACAUUAAAUUACCAUUGUUUUUUUGUGGCGUACCCUUUUAAGCAACCACAGCGAGAAGCAGUUCUGGAAAAAAUCUCAUCAACAUCCCAAAACAUAAAAUGCAGGGGAUAUGU